AUGGAUGCAUAUAUCAGUGCAGAGCUAGAUAGGAGAUAUGCGGAAUACAAGGCCGACUCCAAGGAUUCACGUAGCAAAGCUAUUAUCGAUCUCAUCUUACAAGUAGAAAUCGCCCCCGACGCCGAUACCAAUGGAGCAAGCGAACUUUUGAAAACCAAACCAUAUCUCGCAAAUGAUUUGCCCUAUACAACAGCUGUCAUCAAGAAAACGCUUCGACUUUUCCCCGCCGCGUCAAGUUCCAGACAAGGAUAUCCAGGUGUUACUCUUUAUGAUUAUCAGGGCAAUGCAUGUCCUACUAACCACGCAGUCUGCUUCAUUGAUCAUGUAGGCAUGCACCGCGCGCCGAAGUACUGGGUUAGGCCUGAAGAAUUUCUUCCAGAACGAUGGCUGGUAGAGCCAGGUCAUGAGCUAUACCCUGUGAAAGGUGCAUGGAGACCGUUUGAAUAUGGCCCAAGAAACUGCAUUGCCCAGGGAUUAGUCAUGAUGGAGUUGAGGGUUUUGUUGGCCUGUACUGUACGAGAAUUUGUGUUUGAGGAUGCAUAUGAAGAAUGGGACAGGUCUCAUAAGAAGGAAGGCCCACAAACUCAUAGAGGAGAGAGAGCAUAUCAAAUUGAAGAAACUGCGGCACACCCGAGUGCCCAUUAUCCUUGUCGAGUGAGGAUGAUGAAUGUUUGA